CUUGUACAGGCUGCUAGUGACGGCUGGACGGGAUUUUACUGUGGAUCCAAAGGUUGCAGGUUUGCUCUCGUCGUGUCCUGACACCUCAGUGCUCCUUCAGUCAUGGCUCAGGAAAAUCUGUCCGUGGUGCUGCACGCCAAGGGAGACCUCAGGCUUGACAAUCGUCCUGUCCCAGAGCCAGGACCUGAUGAGGUUUUGCUGCAGAUGCAUUCUGUAGGAAUCUGUGGCUCAGAUGUGCACUACUGGCAGAAUGGUCGAAUCGGGGACUUUGUGCUCAGAAAACCAAUGGUGCUGGGCCACGAGGCUGCAGGACGUGUGGUGAAGGUCGGAUCGGAGGUCACACACCUUAAAGCAGGUGACAGAGUGGCCAUCGAGCCCGGUGUGCCCCGCAAGAUGGACGAGUUCUUCAAAAUGGGACGCUAUAACUUGUCUCCCGACAUCUUCUUCUGUGCCACGCCCCCAGACGAUGGAAACCUGUGCAGAUAUUACGCGCACAGCGCCAACUUCUGUUACAAGUUGCCAGAUAACGUCACGUUUGAGGAGGGAGCGCUCAUCGAACCCCUGUCUGUGGGGAUUCACGCCUGCAGCCGGGCGGGCGUCACCCUCGGCAGCACUGUGCUCAUCUGUGGUGCAGGAACUAUUGGAUUGGUCAGCUUGCUUGCAGCCAAAGCGAUGGGGGCUUCGCAGGUCAUCAUCAGCGAUCUUUGCGCCGAGCGUCUGGAGAUGGCCAAAGAACUGGGCGCAGACUUCCAGCUGACGGUGACGAGGGAAGACGGAGCCCAGCAGCUGGCCAAGAAAGUGGAGGACACGCUGGGAGCUCAGCCUCACGUCACCAUCGAGUGCACCGGCGUGGAGAGCUGCAUCCAAACCGCCAUCUAUGCAACGCGUUCAGGAGGAGUGGUGGUGCUGGUGGGUCUCGGUGCCGCGAUGACCACCGUUCCUCUCGUCAACGCCGCUGUCAGAGAAGUGGACAUCAGAGGAGUCUUUCGCUACUGCAACACCUGGCCAAUGGCCAUCUCCAUGUUGGCGUCGGGUAAAGUGAACGUGAAGCCCCUUGUGACCCAUCGCUUUCCUCUGGAACAGGCGGUCCAGGCCUUUGAAACCUCACGUCAAGGUCUUGGGAUAAAGGUCAUGUUAAAAUGUGACAAAAAUGACCAGAACCCGUGAACCCCCACCCUGCCUACUUUCAGUAAAACAAAUCAGAUCAGCUGAAUUUGACUCAGCACCAACUGUACUCUGACCUCAGACAGAUAACAGAACCACUGGUCGCAGCACCAACGAARGACAGCAUGUCACAUGUUUACCUUCAGACGGUACAAGUAACUGAUUGAUUGACAUGGGUCUGAUGUUUAUGACUGUACGAAGUUAGCAUGUUUUCUUGCACUGUAGUAACAAUUUUCAAUACUGUAUUAAAUUAAAAAUAAUCUUUAAAUACUGAGCUGAAUUUAAUUUUUUCCAUCUGUUAUCUUUACCUGAUUUUUCCGUACUGAUUUCUUGGUAAUAAAUCUUAUACUGUUGAAAA